AUGUGGCUAUACAGUCCUUCCGCGGAGCCUAUGGACCUUCGUCCGUAUCAUGACGGGUUAGGGCAGGAAAGCUUUGAUGACCAGUUGGAUGCUCCGCAGGUCACUUACGAGGACUGGGAACCUGACAAAGGCUCACUGUAUGGAAUUGCAAAAACGAAUGAGAUCUAUCUGUAUGCAUUCGAGGGCACACCUACUUCGUAUACAUUAUCCAGGCUGGUAGGCUCGAUGCGCAGUCCACCCUUCCUCAUUGCAGAACAAGAUUACACACACCAAACGAAAGCAUUCGGGACAUACUGGCCCCCUCAAUCCAAAAAAAGCAGUAUCUCUGUCGACCAGAUCGAAAAAAAUCUAGAUUUCCUAUUUACCUUCUACAAAAACCAAAUAGCCCAACGCCGGUGGUAUGGCUUCUGGGGCCACGGAGACAUCAUGUACACAUACGACUCAGACCGUCACACCUGGCGCUACGACAUAGGAGGAUACGCAUGGGACAACUCUGAGCUCUCUCCCGAUCUAUGGCUAUGGCUGUACUUCCUCCGUACGCACCGUGAAGACGUCUUCCGACUCGCCGAGAAUCUAACACGACAUACAUCGGAGGUCGAUAUGUAUCAUCUCGGACCGCUCAAGGGUCUCGGGACUAGACAUGGAAUCCAGCAUUGGAGCGAUAGCUGCAAGCAAGUCCGUGUCUCAAAUGCAAUUUACCGGAAAUAUUUCUACUACCUCACCGGCGGAGACGAGCGGACGGGGGAAACCAUGCGAGAAGCACUAGCAGGAGAGAACACAUUUCGCAUUCUCGAUCCGUAUAGAAAGGUUCGAAAGGACCGAUCAUCAUAUUCACAACCCGGAACAGGGGGUCCUGGUAUCCCUUGGCACGGAUUGGUCCGCACUUGCGUCGGCAUGGAUGAUAGAAUGGGAGAGGAGGGGGCCAGAGUGGGAACGCAAACGGGAUAA